AGCACAUGGGCGCAUGUUUCUCGAUCCUUUCUGUCAUUCUAUUUCCCUUCUCUCUCAAGUUCUGUAAAAUCUUCAUUCUUCAAUUGAUCAAGUUCUACCAUUUUGAUUUUGAUUUUCAAUCAUCGAUUUGCCAGUUGCUUAACUAAAUACCAGACUUUCUCGGUCUUCAGUACUUUCUGGGCCUUAGAACUUCCUUGAACUGGCUCCUCAGCGGUCACUGUCUGUCGAUUUGUCCAGACUGGAAUUCACAGCAGCAGGCCGCUUAAAGCACCCAGUUCAUCAAUCAUAUUAAAUUCCACUAUGCGCGACUUCAAGGUGUCGCAGGCACUAUUGUGCUUCUUUACCACAGUCGUCUAUCGCUCAGACCUGGUCAUUGCUAAACCCUAUCCUCGGGCAGCUGUCGACAAUUCAACCACUUUGGGAAACGAUGUGUUGUUCGGUCGUGGGUGCGCAAACCCUUGCGGAUGGUCCGGCCAGCUCUGCUGCACUUCGGAUCAGACUUGUUAUACCGAUUCAAAUGGGGAAGCCCAAUGCGGUGGAGGCACUACCGCUGGUUCUGGGGGUGGAUCUUGGCAAUAUUACACAACAACUUACACUGAGACUGACCUUGUUACGAGAGUUUCGACUUGGAGCUCGUAUAUAUCGUCCGCUGCCCCAGAAAUGACCACGACGACAACGACGUGCCAGCAAACAACGUCUAGCGCAGCUUCGAUCAAGUGCAACUAUGCAUUGAACGAAUCUCCCUGUGGUACAAUAUGCUGCGCAAGCGGCCAGUAUUGCCAAAGCUACGGUCAAUGUGUGGCUUCUGGUGGCGGAAGUUCGGGCUACUACAGCUGGUAUUCUUCCUAUUCUGCACCCGUAAGACCCACCAGCUCCGGCAUGGCAACGGUGACGUCCACCAGUGCCGCGACAACUACAAUGCCUUAUCAAGCUCCUUACGAGACCGGCGGUCAUAAUGUGACCGCAACCCAGGCUUCUCAUCACGGACUAAGCGGGGGCGCGAUUGCCGGAAUCGUUAUCGGAGUGAUUGCGGGCUUGAUUCUUCUUCUUCUCCUUCUUGCUUGCUGCUGUUUGAAACUCGGUAUCGAGGGUCUUCUCGCACUCCUUGGACUUGGCAAGAAGAAGAGAAGACGGGAAGAAACGACUUACAUCGAGGAACGACAUUCACGCCACAGUGGCGGCGCCGGCGGCUGGUAUGGCAGCCGUCCAAGUAGGGUUGAAAGACCGCCGCCGCCGCCGAAGAAGAGCGGUGGGCUAGGAGGCCUUGGGGCUGUAGGCGCGACUUUGGCUGGAUUAGCAAUUAUCCUCGGCCUAAAGAGAAGACGUGAUCGCGAGGAUGAGAAGAGCGAUUACACCUAUAGUAGCGAUUAUUACACCUACGACUACAGCACAAGUGAAAGUAGCGCAAGCUCUGAUCAAAGGACAAGAGAGACUCGCCCCACUCAUCAGUCGUCACGGCGAUAGAAGCUCUUCGCAAACGUGGACCGCCAAGGUUCGCUGCUUUGCUUCAAUGCCCAAGCAUCAAAUUUUUGCGUACUCAUCUAGCUUUCAAGUCAACUCCAUUUGAAGGGAAUUUCUGGCGUUUUACUGAAUGACUCCUGUUUCAGCUGACUUCUAAUUCGACAUAGCUGGACAUGAAACCAGUUCUCCGUUUUCCUUGUAUUUCUUUUCUGACACGAAGACGAUUUAUCGAUCUCAUGACUUUUAAUUCGACGGAUUAUACCCAGCGCAUCAUUUGUAUUGCGGCUACGAUGUAUGUUAAUGGAAUAUUCAGCUUUGUACAUGACAACCGGGGGACCAAUAUUGAAUGAGCUGUUAGCACGGCUAGUACUGGCAUUUGCAAUGGAUUUUUAGCUUCUCAAACCAUUCUAUCUGAUAUGCAGAC